AGCUCGCUGGUAUGUAGACACAGGAGAGAGGCAUGUAAAUGAGAAAAUAAGAAACAGAAAGCGUCUGGGCGAUUAGACGCGAAGGCCAGGAACACACUUACUCUCAUUUAUACUUGGCAUUUGCAAGGCUCGAGCUGCUUUAAUAUCAGGGAACAAAAGGAAGUUUGAAUUGUAUCUGCCUGAAAUAGAUCGGCUACCGAUAUCUAUUAUUGCCAACGAGGUUCAUUUGAGCAGUUAAAGCUCCCCUGGUCGAUACAGUACAACACUUGCAUUGUGUAGCAUAUGUGAAGGUAGCACACACCACGCCCGCCCCUCUAAGUAGGUACGAGACAACCGCCAUAUCUCACUCAGCUACAUACACUCGACCAACGAGCCAGCCAACCAAAUUCUAACCACUAUCCUCCGAAACUAUAUUUUCAUUACUCACUCCUCACCUGAAUAAACGACAAGCAACGAAAAUCCAUCAUGUCUCUCAAGGUCUACACAGUUACGACUCUCGGCGCACCACGCAACCAUAUCGGCCUCUUCGUCGAAACAUCCCCGCCCAGCGGCUCAGGUCAAUUCUUCAAUGUCGAGGGAAACGUUCUGACAGGCAUGGAGUACAUAUCAAAACCGCAUCCCAAGCCAGAGACCAUGCCAGAAUUCGUUGAGAAGCAGUUCAUCGGUGAAGUGGAUAAAAAUGAAGUCGGGAGGCUCGAGGAUGUUUGUCGCAGAGUGGAAGUUCCGGGGGCGCAGUUACGGUUGAAUGGGACGCAGAUUGAUGAGAUGAAGCCGCUGAGAAGGUGUACGGAGUGGACUAAGGAGGUGGUGGAUUUGCUGUUGGAGGAAGGUGUGGUUAAGAAGGAAGAUUCAGUGGCGUCUACUGCAUGAAUUGGAAGCCAGUGUCAGGACUAGCAGGUCACACAUGAGAGCUUUCUCAGGGGCUCUCAGUUAAUAAGAGAGAAUUGAGGGAAGCCAGGACCGCAAAAGAACAUCGAAAGCGGGUAGUGCAGCUUCAAAAUAGUGAUACAUGUGGAUUAGGCUACCAGCUUUCAAAUAAUACACUUGCAUGAAUUCUAAACUUGCCAAUCAAAGGCAUCGGCCUCGGACGUUUACUCUCGAGAAGGAAACAAUCGCCAGGCUCUGAGAGGAAGGCUCUGCAGCUUGAGGGCUGCAGGUUUGAUGAAUGACCAGAA